AUGACAACAAUAAAAAUCCCAUUUACUAAAGAAAGUAUCCGACAAAUUCCUGCCAAGGACUUAAACGCAGGAACCAAAGGAGUAGAGUUAGAAGUCCAAACUAAUUUCUUAGUGUCGCAAAUUUGCUCCAUAGAUAAAGCCGUUGGUAAUCCAACUGACG